AUGAAAAUUUCAUAUCCUGAACUGGAUGUUUUUGAUGUUCCACCUAGAGCUAACACAGCUACGGGACAAGGACGACGAGACGACGAAGAGGAGGAUGACGUAUCAGAUAUAGACCAAGAUGACGAAAGACGAAAGGAAGAAAAAAGACAACUAGAAGACGAAAAAAUACGAUUGCAGAAGAAAAACCACAAUUGGAAGAAGAAAGUCGGGAAAAUGAUGAAAGACGAGAAAAAGAAAAACGAAGAUUGGAAGAAGAAAGACGAAAAGACGAUGAAAGAUGCGCAGAAGAAGAAAGACUUGAAGAAGAAGAAAGACGAAGACGUGAGAGAAGAAACAACGAGGAUAGACUAA